AUGACAGAUCCCAGAAGAAGAACAGGUCGUCAUUUCUUGACACCAGAUAAUUUAUCCUCUACAUUACAAAUCACAAACUUACCUCCAGAAUGGAACCAAGAUAUAAUCACGUCGGUCGUGGCAGGUUCUGGUCCAGUUAUAGAUAUAAAACCUAAGAAUGACCCGAGAACUGGUAAACUAACUGGUGUACUGUUCGACUAUUUGACUAGUAAAGAUUGUAAACGUGCUUGGGAAAUUUUAAAUAGAAUUGAAAACUUUCCCGUAAAGAUAGAGCAAAUAAUCCCACCAAAUUAUAAGGACCAUCUUAGAGAAACAGCGAAUAAAAAUUCACAAAAGCAAGUGUUACAACUUAAUAGAGAUUCUUACCCCUUUGAAGCGGGUUUGGAGCUGCCUUUCGAAAUGGUGACAGAAGUCCCCAUUCCUAGGCGACCACCUCCGCCACAGGCUGCGAGUAACACCAACUCUGUAUCAAAUAACACAAACAUUCAGUUCCCUGACAUACUAAGUAAAGCAUCUAAACACUUGCCAAGUUUCCAGGAUGGCUCGAUUAUUGCUCCAGACAAGAUUUCACAAAAUUUAAGUAAAAUUCCGCCGUUGCAACUUAUUGAAAUUAUAUCGAAUUUGAAAAUACUAGCAAACCAAGAAAAUAUCCAAAAAUCACAACUAGAAUCUUUCUUGAAUACUAACAGUGAUAUUACAAUAUCCGUGACUCAAGCCCUACUAGAAAUGGGAUUUAUAGACUACAGCGUGGUGACCAAAGUGUUGAAAUCUCAAAUUGGCGAGACUCCAUCAAUGCUUUCAAGUAACAAUACAAGUAAUUCGAACACACCUAUUAGCGUAAUCAGAAAUAACACUCCGUUGCAUGUACCUCCUAAUGAAGCCAGCAAUAAUUCUAACAAUAUUCCACUGAACGUAGGUAUGCCAAUGCCUAUGUCGACACCACCAUUUAUUCCUUUACCUCUACAACAACAACCAUUCGGCUUUGUACCACCAGGCCCUUUCAUGCCAUCAACUCAAGGCCCCUCUAUGGGACAGUCUGUACUGAUAAAUCAACUCGGCCAGGUUCAGCAACAGAAUGUAAGUUCUACAGAAGCACCUCCUAACGCGAAUAAAGCGAAUGACAGUGGCACCAUUAAUAUGGCGAAACUGCAGUUACUACCUGAAAAUCAACAAGAUAUGAUCAAACAAGUUCUCACUUUGACGCCUGCCCAGAUCCAAAGUUUACCAAGUGAUCAGCAACUUAUGGUGGAAAACUUUAGAAAAGAAUAUAUAAUCUAA